GCCAUGACUUGAAGCGCCAGCGCGUGUUGGUCCAGCCCUUGAAGAAGCCGGGCAUGACAAAGACGUCACGAAGACGUCGAAGAGCACACAGAAGAUGGUGUCGUCGUAUGCCUUGCUGCACGCCUUGAUCAGCCGGUCGCCGGACUUGGAGUGCAGCACACAGCGCUUUUUGCCCCGGCUUGCACGGCGGGGUGGCGGCGGACAUGGGCGGCCACAGCUGCGCCACGACUGCUUUUGUCUGAGCGGCUACUGCUGCUCGCCUGUUGCGCCCGCGAUCACAGGCUGGUUCGGAUUGGCGUCGCGGCCCUCCCGGCGACUGCUGCUGCCUGCGACGCCGCUUACCGCCGCUGGUACGCUGGAGCGUGCCAACGUAGUUGGCCCCUAAGCAGUAUCACGCUCAGUGCUUAUGAGGUGGUAAACAGUAAAACAGUCAAAAGGCAGCGCGGGCGUGCACGUGCGUAGCGGAGGGGGCAGGCAAGGCCACGUGGAGGAGGAGAGCACGGCACCGCCCUAGAAGCGGCGCCAGUGCGCAGAUGAGGCCGGUGUCUGGUCAGCAGUCUUUGCUGGCAAGCACAGCGUCGCAAGAAUGGCAAGAUAUGUUGUAGAAUUUACUGCCAUUUGGUUUGUUGCCUUGAGCUGUGCUUGUGCUUGACAAUGGGACGUGGCUGGAACGUGGCUGGACGCAUGGCGGAGGUGCCUGCACACACUGACCCUGGCGAUGUCCGGGAGAUGAGGUAGUUUCGAAACCUUCGGCCUCAGACAUUGCACCGAUGUAGCAUGGUCGCAGCCUACUUUUCCCUUUGAGAGUGAGAGCCACCUUUCUUGUCCCCGAACAGGGCAAACUGGAUGUUUGGGGGCUGUUCAACAUUCGAGUCUGUCAGGUCUCAGAGAUAGUCGGGCGGGCAAUCGAGGGUACUCAUUAAUUGGGCUCAGCCCCCAUCAGCCUUUCUUAGCCAUCUUACCUGCCCGUGUGAAUACGUGUUGGCAGGGUUGCAGGGGCAGGGGCGUCCCUGAGCGUAGGAAAUGCAUACCUAAAAUUCAAGCACCCGAUGUGAAGUACCCCAAGCGUGCACGCCAUGGUGCACUGUACGAUCAUGACCAAAGCCCGAUCUCGGAGAACAUGCACUGCAAACCACAGCUGCUGGGUCUGAAGCUCGCUUUGUCGACGCGCGUGAACGCUAUGUUGUGUAACAGUGCGCUGUG